AUUUCCAUUUUCACAAAGCUUGUAAAAUUCUCGAAGGAAGUUUGAAUUUGAUUAUGGAAGAAAUACCUGUGGAAUACAACAUUAUUAUCGAGGCAUUAAAUUGUGUCGUGCAGAAUCAGCAACAAAGUUUAGGUCAAGUCGGUGAACAAACUGCAUUUGAGUGUGUUGUGAAUACAAGUGAACACACUUCGGAGCAAUGUGAAGAUGCACCACAACAAGCCGUCUUCCAGUGUGUCGUCGAUACGAAUGAUGGAGAGCAAGUUAACUUUGAAGUCACAGGAGAAGCAGGCAAUCGAAAUCUUCCUGUUGAUCAGGCGACAUUUGCAUGUGUCGAGGCUGCCCAAACAUCUGAACAACAAGAGCAAGUGAAUUAUGAAAUUGCAGCUCUUCCCCAACCACCCAGACAAAACAAACCUCCCAAAGAGAAAAAGAUUUUGAAAUGUCAAGUUUGUGAUAAAGUUUUUUCUCAUACUGGUUCUCUAAAUCGUCAUGCAAGAACACACGAGGGAACCAAGUAUUAUUGUCCUACUUGUAAUAAAUCUUUUACGCAAAUGGGAAAUUUAAUGCGACACCAGAGAUCUCAUACUGGCGAUGCUCCUUUUAAAUGUUCAAUAUGCGAGAAGACAUUCAGAAGGAUGGAUAUAAUGAAAGUUCACGAGAAGACUCAUCUUGAUGUAAAACCAUUUCAAUGUGACCAAUGUGAUAAAUCUUUUGCUCAGCUUAUCAACAUGCUCAACCAUAAAAAAACUCAUCAAAAAGAGUUGGAAUAUAAAUGUGAAGUCUGUGAUGCAGGUUUUAGGAAGCAGUCAACAUUGAUCAAACAUCUGAGAAUUCACACAGGUGUUAAGGCAUUUGUAUGUAGUAUUUGUCAAAAGUCGUUUGAUCUCCCAAGCUCUCUAAAGGUUCAUGAGAGAAUUCAUACCGGGGAAAGGCCUUACGAGUGUGAUGAAUGUGGCAAAAAGUUUGCCCAACUUGGUAACAUGAAACGACACAAGAAGACGCAUUCUGGAGUGAAACCUUUUCAAUGUGAACAUUGUGAGAAGGGAUUUAAUAGAGCCGAUCUCCUAAAAACACAUGAGAAAAUUCACAAUGCAACAGCAAAAGAGCUGAAGUCCCAGAAGAAGUCAACUCACUCACAUCAAUUACAGUGUUGUGAAGGUAAUGAUGAUCUGAAAGAUCCUGAGAAAAAUGCUCAUCCUGAUCAAGCAAAACAUACAAAUCACACUCUUACUCAACUGAAAGAAAAACCGUACAAAUGUGCAAUCUGUGAAAUGAGCUUCAGUAAUCCAGAAAGUUUAGUACGUCAUGUUACGACGCAUAACAAGUCCAAACGUGAACAUCGUUGUGAAAUCUGCAACAAGGUUUUUGACCAACUUGGUUCACUGAAACAACACAUGAGGAAACAUACAGGAGAAAAGCCUUAUACUUGUGACGUUUGUGGAAGAUGUUUCAGUCAAGCAGGCAACAUGUUACGUCAUAAAAAGCGUCACGGGGUGGAUGGUAAGAUAUCCAAUUGCACGCUUUCAAAGAAUCACCCUGAGAGUGCCACCGAAUCUGGUGAGAAAUCUGAGAUUGAAGAUGGUUUGAGCGGACAACUCGAGAAAGGAAAGGCUUAUGAGGAUUGUGGCGAUGUUAAGGCCGUGGAGGACUUUAGUGUGAAUGAAACUAUUCAUGUUGGUGAGAAUUUUAAGAGUAAUAAAGGUGCGCCGGCUGAACAUGUUGUGCAGGCUGGAGAAUUUGUGCAGGCUGGAGAAGAUGUGCAGGCUGGAGAUGGUGUACAGGCUGGAGAAGGUAUAUCUGCUGGAGACAAUGAUCAGGUUGAAGGUAUACAUGCGGAAGAAUUUGUGCCUGUUAAUCACAUUGGUCUCGAUAACGCGAUGUUACAGGCGAAUAAAAAUGAAGGAAGGAAAGUUGAUGAAGGUGCUCAGGCUCAACAAAUAACUGAAUGUAACGACGAAUUUCCAACCAUGAUUGCAAGAUACACUUGUGAUCAGUUGAUAUCGCAUGCUCAUGAUGUAAACGACGUUUCUUUGAUGACCAAAGAAAAUAGUGAAAAAAAUGCUGAUUCUGAUAUUUUAGUUAACAAUAUUCACGAAACUAACAAGAAAGACAGCAUUGACGAGAUGGAAACGAGGAAUGAAGUAAUUGAACCUGAUUGUAGCUCCAUUAGUGUAAGCAAAGAAAUUGUCAACAAUGAAUCAAUAAAUGAAAACGCUUUACAUGAAGUAGCUGUUGCGCAGUCAACAGACGAUAGCAUGUAUUCAAAUACCGAUGACACCAUGGCAACAACAACAACAGAGAUUGUAGACAGUAAUGAACACAUGGAAUGUGAUAAUGUUGAUGAUAACACACAUAUAGUUGUUAUAACUGAGAUGGAUCAAGCUAAUCUUCUUGGACAACUGGGCUUAGUGAGUCAAGUCAGUCGGUCUGAUGAUGGGGGGACUGGUAACCAAACUUUUAUUACCGACUCUUCGAUUAUUGCUGAAGCCUUGGUUGGUCUCACUCAAGUCAGACAUGAAUGCGUCAAUGAAGGUCAAGGAACGAAUAACUUGAGUGAAAGUCCAUCAAAAAAACCACCUUCAAAAGGUGGACGUAAAAAGCCUUAUCCUUGUGAUCAAUGUGAUAAAUGGUUUGAGCAACCGAGUGCUUUAAAACUUCAUGAACGCGUUCACACAGGAGAACGACCCUACAAAUGUGCACAAUGUGAGAAGAAAUUUGCACAACAUGGAAAUUUAGUCAGACACGAGCGAACUCACAGUGGAGUAAAACCUUUCAAAUGUGAAAUAUGCAACAUAAGUUUUGCACGAAGAGAUUUCCUGAAGCUUCAUGAAAGCAAGAGUCAUUCAAUGGAAACCUCGGUUAUUUUGUAAUGAAGAUCUUUUUUUAUUGAGUGCAAAGAUGUAACAUUGAGACGAGUGUCAGUUCGUGUGUUUGGUCAUUAUACUUUAUACGUAUUUAAUUUAAAUAUAUGUAUAUAUGGUAUGAUUCUUUAAAUUAUGUAUAACGAUGGUGUGAUUCUUACAAAAAAGUUUAGGCUUUUUAUGGCAUCUAGAUUUUCUGAGAAAUGGAUCUCUGGUUAUUUAUGAGGAUGCUAACCAACCUUUCCAAAUUGUUUCUUCAUCUUCAAUUAAUUAGAGAGUGGUGUCAACUUGUCACAUUAAAUGCUCUGCAAUUUUUGUUAAACA